AUUUCAAGUGUAUUCAGUUCGAGAUUAAAACAAUAUCGCUAAGACAUGCACACAUUUAAGAAAAUAUUUUGUAUUUAUUUCACCAUAUAUACAUGUUUACCACAUAGUUCAAAUACUAAUUAAAUGGUAAUUAAUUAAUAUAAUUAAAUAAGCAUUUUAUGUGCCAUUUGCUUGUAUAAGAUACGAUAAUAUUAUUUUCUUGAUGUACAAGGAUUGUUGUAAGUUGAUCAUUCAAUGCAUCGGUAAAUCUGUAAGAUCUCGCUCGUCAGUAUUCAAAUAAAUAGGCUGGCAGAUGCUCUCAAAUCGAGGGCGCUGAUAUGACUGCUAUAUCUGAGAGGAAUAGAGCCACGGACUUGAUCAGUAUUGGUUUUGAAACAGGUGAACGAUAUGGUUGUAUCUGCCCACAGAGACCGUUAGAUGUGUGGAUUGCAGGAUUCUGCAAAUGAAUGAAAUAUUGGCUUUGAUUAUUGCAUUAACGUGGAUAUGAUGAAAUUACUAUAAUGCAUAAGGACGAGCUGUUGCUUAGCGCGGUAUAAUCUGCAAAUUUGAUGGCGACGGUGUUAAGCCAAAUGAUACUGAUUACAUUUGCAAAAUGUAAUACACAAUGCCUGCUGGAUGAUGUAAGUGUGGAUUUGGAAUAUUGACAUUAACAAACAUCACCGUAGUUUUCUAUCAAACUUUUUUUUACUGAAAUUGCACAAAUAAUAACAUGAAACAGGAAAGGAACAGCCAAAGCAUCUUCUAACGACGGGAUAUUAACAUUGCAGAUAAUGUGAUGCAGCAUAAUUUGCGAAUAAAAUAAUAAAGAGAUGUACAGCCGUUUCGUGAAGGAACAUCAACAACAACAAGACCGCACACAUGGGGAAACAAACAGCGGUACGAGUGGCACGUGUCAUGGGAAAUCAUCACCCUUCUCUGGAGUCACGUGUCAGGAAGUGGUUAAUUGUCCAAUCAUGUCUAAAAUAAUUACCACCGUUGGUGGUAAGGACAGCAAUAAAACAUUCACAGAUGAAGAUGAUAAUAAGUUAACAUGCACAUACUCACAAAACAACACGGACGUUAGAAAACUAAUGUGCCAAAAACCAAUUGAGAGAAAUGAGAGCAUAGAGACUCAAGAAAGUUGCAACAAAUGCCCUCAGGUUCCCAUGUCUGAAGUUACGUCAUCUAGCCUUUCUCGGGAUUCAGGCAUUAAAAACGUGCCACCAAGAAAAAGCAGUGACAUAUCAGAUGUGUCCAUAUCGGGGGUAUCCGAGGAAAAUGAGCCCGAGAAGAAACUUGAUCUUCGCGGACUCAUUGAGAGUAUUGGUACCCUCCUUAUACCUGUGACACGGCUUGUGUACAAAGCUGUGCACAAUCUAUUGGUUACGAGAUACUCUGGAAGUGACGGUAAAUUAUUCGGUUUUCCCAAAGCGUCAGAAAGUUUUGAUACGUCACAGGAACCAAUCGACGACAUAGACAUGGCUCAUGUUAUCAAACAAGCAGCGAAACUAUCUGAUGAAACAGAUACGGAAUUUCAACGGCGAUUAGGAGAUGAAUAUUUUCGAUUGUGCCUCGAAGAAUACGGCGACUCCAUUAAAAUGAUGGGGAGCAACAUGACAGAAUUCAUUAGCAACUUGGAUGGCCUUCAAUCGUACAUAUCCGCUUCUGACACAUUUAAGACGCACACGCCUCCAUCUGCGAGGUGUGAAACGCAAAAAAACAAAUUAAUCAUUCAUUUCUAUUCUCCCAGGAGCAAUAUAAUAGAGUUUUACGCAGGUGUGAUGCAUGGGAUUUCCAGAUAUUUGUUUAACAAGGAAACUACUGUCGAAGUAUCUUACAGCAAAACCACAGGUUCCUUACACCAUACCAUCGCAAUAAAUGCAAAAGAAGAUGACUGUUCGUCCCAAAAAUGCAAAGUAUGCUCGCCUGAGAUACAAAUCGGUACGGAUCCGAAUGAAAGCAAAAUUGGGACGCUCACGUUUUGCAAAACGUUUCCAUUUCAUUUUGUGAUUGACAAAAACCUUGAUAUUAUUCAACUUGGGGGCGCCCUCGCAAGACACGUUGUAGUGACCAGUGACUCCCAAACAAGGUCGUUGACAUUACAUUUUGACAUCGUCAAACCUAAGAUUGAACCUUUAACAUACUCAGCAUUGUUAUCGCAUGUGAACUUUAUGUUUAACCUCAGGACAAAGCACUGUGAUCGCUCUGACAAUUCACAAGCUAUGAAUCUAAAAGGACAGAUGAUCCAUUUGCCGGAAGUAGAUGGCGUGUUGUUUCUUGGAACGCCGAGUGUAGAAAAGCUUGAAGAACUCAUUGAAAAGGGAUUGUACAUCUCUGAUCUGCCUAUUCAUGACGCAACUCGUGACGUCAUACUAGUUGGAGAACAGACUAAAGCUCAGGAUGGUUUAAGAAGACGCAUGGAAGACCUCAAGAAGAACAUAAUGGAGGCAAGCGCUGCAGUCGAAGAAGAAAAACGCAAGAACGUCGAACUACUCAGCAUGAUCUUCCCUUCGAUGAUAGCACAGAAACUGUGGAGAAAGGAGACCAUCGAGCCCCAGUGCAUCGAUAAUGUCACGAUGUUGUUUUCGGACAUUGUCGGCUUCACCGCCAUAUGUUCAUCGUGCUCUCCUAUGGACGUCAUCAACAUGCUGAAUUCGCUCUACACCUUCUUUGACAAUUGCUGUGGAUUUUUGGAUGUAUACAAGGUGGAAACUAUAGGAGACGCCUACUGUGUUGCGGGAGGGUUGCACCGUCCCUCCAAAUACCACGCCUCCCAGAUUGCAUGGAUGGCCAUCAAAAUGAUGGAGUUUGCUGGACAGCAGAAAUCUCAUGAUGGUAAAUUUAUACAGAUGCGAAUCGGAAUUCACACGGGAACUAUAUUAGCCGGUGUGGUAGGUGUUACCAUGCCACGUUACUGUCUGUUUGGGAACAAUGUUACGCUUGCCAACCGAUUGGAAUCCGGUAGUGAGCCAACACGAAUAAACAUCAGCCCUACUUCUAAGAGUUUCUUGUUAGACGGGUUUGAAAUGGUCGAUAGGCCACGUGACUGCUUGCCGCAGGGAUUUCCAUCAGACAUUGAAGGCACCUGCUCCUUUCUGGAGAGUUACGUGUUCCCAUACAGUGAGAAACAUGGAGAGGACGUUAGUACAUCUGAUCAUAUAGCUGCAGCUGUUCAGUAUUACGGAAUUUCUUCAGAACAAUAGAUCAAAGAAAUAUAUUGUGGUGAUUGCUUAAAACAGUGUGAUAUAUUUUAAUGUCAACCAUCCACAAACAUCAUUAAAGCUGCUGUGAUAUUGUAUUAAACAGUAUAUACAACGUGUACCUGUUUUUUUAAGAAAUUAAUGCACGUACUUACACAUUUUCAUUUUGAAAAAUAUUUUAAAAUUAAAACAUGUGUUUUUCAGUUUAUUUUUAUUUUUAUUUUGUGCUGCGGAAAAAUACCAAGGAGCAUUACUCGCCAUUAAAAAAAAACAUAUUGAUAAAUGAGAUUUAAUAUUAUGACUUCAGGGUUGUGUAUGACAAUCAUGCUUGCUAAACCAAUGCAACAAUAUAUUAUUAUAGUGGUACAUGUUUAAUGUUUAAAAAAGUGUGUUCAUUCAGAAAUGGGAUAACUAACUAAAAGUUAUAUUCUGAAUUAAUAUUAUGUAUUGAUUUUUUCAAGACGUCUUCAAUUUUGUUAAUACAGCGUCUGAAAAACUUCUGUCAGAAAUAAUAUUACACAAGUGGUUAUAUCUUCAAAAUUAAUUGCUGUUGUUGAUUUUUAUAGACAUGUUAUUUUUAAGGUUAGACCAUAACGCACAUUGUUUAGAUGCAAUUAUUCUGUAAAUGUAAAUUAGUGCCGUAUAUAGUGAAGUUUUCUAAAAUACACAUAUAUAAACACACAGUUCAGUUCUAAUAUGAAUAUGUGACUAUUUGUGUCGUUUUAUUCACAUAAUGAUCCCGAUAUUCUUAGUUGCUUGUUAUCAUUAAUACAACAUAAGUCAACUGCAAGACCGAGUUGACAAAUAACAAAAAAUAGUUCGCCCCGUAUUUAUAAAUGAGCCUUGCUCUGUGUAAAGUGGGUUUAAUCCAUGUGCGUAAAGUGCCUUCCCAGAUUAGCCCGUUCAGUCCACACAGGCUUAUUAGGGUCGACACUUUCCGCUUUUAUGAUUUUUUCUGUUUAAAGAAAGUCUCUUCUUAGCAAAGAUUUAGUUUAGGCGGAAAGUGUCGCUCAUGAUUAGCAUGUGAUAAUAGUUGCUUUUACGAUGGUAUUCAUUUACUGUGUAAAAUAUGCAUUAUUGAAGCUAAUCGUACGCCGUUUUCGUCUCACGAAGGCGCGUCUGUCAUUCGGCAUUGCGAAUAAGAUUAAGGUUGAUGCAACAUAUCUCUUAAUCUCUAGUCUUAAAUUUUAUAUAGGUUUACCGAUUUUGUCAAGACAAACAAGAGAGCAAGACAAACAUAACCAUGCGUUGUGAUAAUAUAUUAUUUUGUCUUGUUUUCGAAUAUUUUGCAAAACCAAAGAUUAUUAAAAAUAUAUUGAUAGGUGUCUAUUUAGGAUUAUAUUAUAUGUAUUAACAACUGAGUGUAUAAUUUGUUGAUGCAUCGGUUUCAUUUCUUCUAUAUAUCAAUAGCCGUUGUGAUAGAGUUUUGUAAUUUUAUGUCAAUUGUUUUGUAAUUAUGUAACAUAUAUUUAUUAAUUGAUGUAUCUUUAAAAGUCGAUUUCAUUAUUUAUAAAUUUACAACGACAAUACACAUAUCGCCCCUUGAAAUACUUAUUAAAUACUAGUUUGGUCAUUGAAUGUGCAUGUAUAUACCAUGAAAACCAUCUUCAAGGACAAUACGAUGAUCUAAAUUAAUUCUCCUCUUAUAUAUCAAUUGUUGUUUUUAAUUGAUUAAUUACGAAGCACUGCUGAUAUAAGCUUAAUAUUAAUUGAAGUCGAUAUUUCUACUACAGAUAUGGGUUUAGCCCAUCUUUGAUGAAUUUACACUCUCCGAUAUGAUUUGCUAUACUGUUUUGAGUUGUUAUUGUAUCAAUAUUCAUUUUAACCAUUUACUACGAACAUAAAGUGAUUGUGUUUUAGUGUAUUUUUCUUACUACCACAUCGUUUGAUGAAAGAACCAAGAUCAGUGGUGAACCAUUCGAUAAAUAUGGAUUUCGUUUUAAAAAUACUGUGUAAUAUUCGAUAAAAUAACUUACACAUGAUUAAUUUUAAAUAAAACUGACCAGAGUCUGAA